AUGACACAACGCGAAGGAGACCCCAACUUCCCUACGAAUCUCGACAUUGCACCGUCGACGCCUGGCGCGCUGAGACUCGGAGGUCGAGGGAGGGGAGACGAGGCGGAACGGAAUGAGGAUGACGCCCCGCAGGACAUCGAGGGUUUCGGGAUCGCAGGAAGAACCUGGGAAGCCGCCUAUCUCCUUCGCGCCUACCUCACCCCUCCUCCGCCAGCCGAUUCGCUCUCUUCUUUCCUCUUCGACCCGCCUUGUCCCCUCUACUCCUCGACUGAACCCGGCUCGCGACCACCCGUACGCACGAUACUCGAGAUUGGCUCCGGCACAGGCUAUCUCUCGCUCGCACUUGCGCCUCAUCUCGCUUCGACGGAUACGCUCGUCGCAACGGAUCUCGACAACGUCUCUCCCUUACUCGAGAAGAACCUCGCUGCUGCACAAGUUCGAUGGCGUUGUCACAAUCAGUCAGCAGAUCGAGCGACAGUCCUUGUCCGUCCGCUACCUUGGGGCGACUCGUCCUCCCUCGCCCGCCUCAUCGCAGAAGGCCUUCACCCCUCGAUCAUCCUCGCCUCCGACCUCGUCUACUUCAAGUUCCUCUAUGCGCCGCUGCUGCGGACGCUCAUUGGCUUGACGGGGAAGAGGGAGGAGCGAGUCACGGUGAUCUUCUCGUAUAAGGUCAGGAGUCUGGUCAAAGAGCAGCCGUUCUGGGAGGCUUUCGGACGAUGGUUCAGGCUCGAAGCGGUGCAAGUUGGCACUCGACCCUCGCCUCCUCCGUCCGAGUCGACCACUCUCUCCGACACCGCAUCUUCCACUGCAUCGCCUCCAUCUCCCCCUCUUCCGCUCGUCUGGACCCGCUUCGGCGCCGCCACGCCCUCGUCGAGUACGCCGAACGAGACAGACGAACUCUACGUCUUGAUCUGCCACCGACAUCCGGAAACGGAGCAGAUCGGGAUGGAGGAUCUCGACAACGUGAGCGACAACGACUUGCUGCAGGGUCGAGGAGCGGGGCGAGGAGUUGAGGAAGGAGCGGGACAGUUCGAGGAGUUGCUGCUGAAUGGGCUCGAGUGGGACUAG